AUGAAAAAUAUUCAUGCUCUUACAGACGGUCAGUUUUCUGCUCCUCAUACUUUGGCCGAGGUUUCUGUCGCUCUCAAUAGGGAGUAUGUCUUGCGUAACAUUCUAACAAAGAAUAUAUGCCUGCCAAAAAACCGCACACCUACGAAAUCUAGGAGACAAUUCCUCGCAACAGGAAACUCAGCGGCCCUCUUGACAGUUGGCAAUUUGAAGUCUGUUCGUGCUCACUUGGAUGGGCGGACUCUUCUAAAAUCGCCCGUGGCCGACGGUUGUCACAUUCAGGAGGAUAAUGUUGAGAAUGAUACUUCAAACAAAGAAAACAUUGACCCUCAGAAACAUCUGAAAGCGCAGUCAGCCGUGUCGCCUUUCGACGACAUAGUUAGCGACGACUUGCCAAUCUCGCGAUGGCCAAGAGCCCGAAAACAGCGGAUGCAUGUUGAGGAAGGCGAGUUGUUGAGGAUUCGAAAGCACACGGCAGCGUCUGCUUUGUUGGGACUCUCCCAUUACAGAUGA